GAAACUCUGCUGAUAGCAUAUCCAACUCCUUCGAUGGGUAUAUCCCCAACUCUUUCCCAGUACCCAAAAUCUUGCUCGAGUCUGAUCAACUGUUGCUUCCAGGCACAGAAGUUCAAGUUCCACCAGUUUCUUUGAGUGACAUUAUGGACGACAAGAAGAAAGCUAAUAGAGGGAAUAUGUCCACACAGAGUGUCGCUGCUCGGCAGAGGAGAAGAAAGAUCACUGAGAAGACUCAAGAGCUUGGGAAGCUUAUUCCCGGUGGGAAUAAGAUGACCACAGCAGAGAUGUUUCAAGCUGCAUUCAAGUACGUGAAGUUUUUACAGGCCCAAGUUGGAAUCCUUGAGUUUAUGGGAUCAAUAUUCCAGGAAACCGGUAAGGAUCAAUUUCAUAUAGAAAAACUCCAGGUUCUUGUGUCACCCACAAUCCAAGAGAAGCUGUAUUUGGAGGAGAAGUGCUUGGUUCCACUAGGAUCUGUCCAAACCAUAGCAAAAGAUCACGACAUACAAUCGAACCCGUUAAUCUCCGAAGGGCUGAAGCUGUUUGGUCAAUCAGAGCAUUUAUAG